AUGCCGUCUACAACCAAUAUCCCUGCCCCCGAGGUGGCUGAAGUGCCGGACUUGGCCCUGGAGCCCAAUGGAAAAUCAUCCGCAUCGUCGUACGAGCUCCGCGAAGAGCCAAUUCACUCUCGUCGCCCACUGCGCGUCGUGUGUCUAGGGGCCGGCUACUCGGGCAUCCUCAUGGGCAUCAUUUGGUCGCAACGCAUGCAGAAUCGUGGUGCCGAGCUGGUUCUCUACGAGCGCAAUGCUGAUCUUGGAGGGACCUGGCUCGAGAAUCGAUAUCCCGGCUGCCAGUGCGACAUCCCUGCUCACAACUACGCCUAUUCGUUCGAGCCUAACCUGGAGUGGCCGAAUUAUUACGCUACAUCCGAGCAGAUACAUGGCUACUUGAAGAAGACCGCCGCCAAGUACGACGUGGAGCGCUAUAUUCAGUACAAGCACGCUGUCGAGUUUGCGAGAUGGGACGACGUCCAAGGCAAAUGGUCACUCACCGUACGCAACGGGGACCGUGUAUUCGAGACCCAGUGCGACGUCUUCGUCAAUGCAGGCGGGGUGCUUAACAAUUGGAAAUGGCCCGAUGUCAAAGGGCUCGAUAGCUACCAGGGGAAGCUGGUUCACUCCGCGGCUUGGGACGAAUCGUACGACUACUCUGGGAAAAGAAUUGCGGUCAUCGGCAACGGCUCAUCUGCUAUACAAAUCAUCCCACAGCUGGCCAAAGGCGCCUCCCAACUGACCUCGUUCAUCCGAUCCCAUGCGUGGAUCUCGCCAGCACCCGGAAUCAACGAGCCAACUGGCGACGACCCUGCCACGGACGAGCACUACAACUACGCUCCUGAGGUUCUGGAGAAGUUUAAAACAGAUCCGGAAGCGUGCCUCAGCCAUUGCCGCUCCCUUAUUGACCGGCGCCUGACGAAUUUCCGGCGGACGCAUGCUGCUUCGGAGGUGCAAAAGGCCGCUCGUAAGCUAUUUACGAACACCAUGCGCAACCGGCUAGGCGACACUGAGAAAGGCCGGGCGCUUGCUGACCUGCUUAUCCCUCAGUUUCCGGUCGGGUGUCGUCGCCAAACGCCCGGUCCGGGAUACCUUGAGGCGCUCUUGCAGGACAAUGUGGACACUCGCUGGGAUGAUCUCGAGCGCUUCACGCCGCAUGGCAUCCAGACGCGAGAUGGCUCGAUUCUCGAAUUCGACGUCAUUGUGUGCGCAACGGGAUUCGAUACUACAUUUCGACCUCGCAUGCCCAUCAUCGGGCGGAGUGGAGAGGAUCUUACGGACCGCUGGGAGCGUCAACCUCCCAAAUCAUACUUCGGGCUAGCGGUCCCAGACCUGCCAAACUACUUCACGUUCAUCGGUCCGAGUUCGCCUAUCUCGAACGGCUCCUUGGUGCAGGGCAUUCAAAUGAUGGGGAUCUAUAUAUGGAAAUGCAUUGACAAGAUCCAGACCGAGCGUAUCAAAAGCCUCACCAUCAGCCGCGAAGCAACAGACGACUACUACGAGCACGUGCAAAAGUUCCUCGAACGGACAGUAUGGGUUGGGAACUGCCGUAGCUGGUAUAAGCGGGGGACGACUAACGGCCCCGUGGUUGCCAUCUACGGAGGCACUAGCUUUCACUACAUGGAGGCUCUGCGGAAUCCUCGCUGGGAAGACUACGAGAUCUCUCUACUCCCUGCGCCGUCAACGAACCGCUUCGCCUAUCUUGGGAAUGGGUUCACCAUGCGAGAGGAAAAGAACGGUUCGGUGGCCGACACACAGACUCUUGGGUUCGAUGCAUUUUGGAAGUUGCUUGUGCUUCCAGAGCUGUAUGACUGA